AUGAAUUUUAGUGCUGAAUUAGAAACACAACAAAUCCCAAGUGGUUUAUGGUCAUGGUACCUGUCAAACCUUAAAGAAGGUACUUUUGAACAAAUCGUUGGUAAUGAACAUAGAUUGAACAGAAUUAAAAAAGAAAACACUCUAUCAGCUGUCAAUGUCAUCAUAUCGGUUCCUGAAAAUUUAGUGUCGCCUGAUACAGUUAAUAUUCUAACAGAAAGUUUUGAAAAAUAUAUCCCAGAUAAUAUUGUUAUUGAUCUGAAUGAAAUUACUACUACAAAUGAACAUUUAUACUUUAUUCGAGAUACUUAUAAUAAAUUUGUCUAUAAAUUUAGAUUAGAGUCUAUAAAGAUCGAUAUAUUACCCUUACUAAAACCAUCGCAAUUGCAAUUGAACUCACAACAACCAUCACCGCCCAUAUCUGAUGAAAGUGAUAAUAGUCACAUUGCAAUGGAAAAUAAUACAGAAAGGAUCAUAGACGACAUAAAAAAUGAAAUGAUAGCGGUCAGUGAAAAUUCUGAUUACUCUGAAGAUACAGAGGAUGAAGACAGUGGUGCAAUAAUUUUAAAUUUCACUAGGAAGAGUCGAUCUGGUUCAAGGCCAAAUUUUGAUAGAGAUGACCUUUUCACUCCAGUAGAAAGUGAGGUUAUAUCGAUUAGCAGUUUGGAAAAUAGUACCACAAUGGAAACAGACUUGAGUAGAUUAGAAGAAUGCAUAUCCUUGAGAAGAAUCGCUGCAAAUAACGGUAGUUCAAUACUUGACAAGGUAAUAAGUACAAAUGAUAUUGACUUAAAACUAGUUGGCGCAGUUUGUAGAGAUGGUAGGGAACUAGAUUCCUUUUCCACCGCUAUUCGUCAAGGUCUUGGUGAGGACUGGGUACUCUAUGAUAAUGACUUUCAUCUUAAUAAUCUGGAGUAUUGUUCAAUGGAAGAAGUCCUCUAUGGGGAUAGAGAAGUGACAACACUAAUCUUCACAAUAAAUCCAACGUUAGGUUAG